UUAAAUAGAAUUGAAAUGUUGAGACAGGUCUGUGGUUCAGCUAGUUUCAGAGGUGUGUCGGUUGGUGUUGCCGCCUUGACCAGGAGAACCAUCCAUGUGACAUCUGUAGUUGCUAUCAACGACUCGGGAGCCAUCAAAGAUGCCGGUGGGGCCAUGUCUAAGAAGGGAGCUGUGAAUGAAGACAGCUACUAUAGAAAAGUACAACAAGAACAACUGAAGAAACUUAAGUCACUCCACAAGGACCACAUCCAAGAUGCCCAGAUGGAGAUCAAGAGACUCCAGUCUAUCAUUGACAGAAGCAAAGAAGACAUAGAGGAGCUAGAAGAAGCGGAACAAGAGCUUAAGUGAAAAGAACUUUCUAGAAUGUCCGAGAAAGUUCGAAAAACUUCUAGAUUGAACAAACACACUAAACAUGUCAUUAUUGCCUCGUAAUGGUUACACUCUAAAUAUUUUACUACCAGAAAACUAAUUGAAGAAAUUAUAGAA